AUAAAAAUACGUUAAACUCCGGUGAACGCUUUUUAAACGAUCAACUUCCCAUGACUCAGCACAACAGACAUAUAAGACUGCAUUCCUGGCAUGCUUAAUGGCUGUAACUCGGCGUAAGCGCGGCUGUAAACACUUCGUCACGAAGUUCCUGCAAACGCACUCGUCCAGCAGCCUCAGACGCGUGCACAACAAAACUCAUAGAAAUUUGCUUCGGUGCGGAGCAGAAGAAUAUACAAUGAAGUUCAAAAACUUAUCCCUGCUCUUGCUGCUGCUCUGCGCCAUGUCAGCAGUAGCUUUUCCUUCAGGAAUCCAGCUGUCGCUCCCGUCACUUACAAACACAGACACCUCAAGUACAAGUAUUUGGAGCGCACUGACAUCUGCGUUGUCUUUUGGAACGUUUGGAACGAGCACAAGCACAAGCACCACCGGAUUGAGCUCCCUGUUUAGCACCUCCAGCAAUCCCUACACCAUCACCCUGGGGUGAAAGUAGAAGUAAUUUGGUAGCUGUAAUUGUUAUGCAUUUUUUGUUGUUACCUCUAGCAAUUUUACCGUUGUGUAAAUCUAGGAAUAUAAUAUAUGACUGUUAUUGUUGUUGUGUUAGAAAAAUGUAUGUUCCUAGAAUAGUUGCUCAAAUUUUAGACUUAAAAAAUUCAGACUGAAUUUCAAACUUAAAAUAAUCGUGCAGUAAAACAUGAAAUAUUUAGCGCGAAAAUAACAAUUAGUUCGAAUUCGAAAUUUUCUCGAUAAUUAUGAUUCGAAGCUUCUGAUUAUAAUUACGUAUCUCUGGAAACAAUGUCACGACGUACGAAUA